UUUAUUAUCUCUCUCUCUAAAUAAUUUAGACUUUUGGUUUGGAAAAGCUUUACUUUUGAGCUUUCUCUACUCCAUCCCUGUUGCUUAUCCAUCCCCAGCUCUCUUACCUUCCCUUUUAUCACUCAGUUUAGUUAUUUACCCAGUUUUCUCUUUUGCAGAGAAGCUCAAUUUCAAGUUUCCAUGGCAAAAAUUCCUUCAGUAUCCUUUUUUUUUCUCCUCUGCAACUUAUUAUGUCUUUCUAUGGCUUCUUUGAACAAUGAAGGCAAUGCCCUUUUAUCAUUCAAGCAAUCCAUUACUGAAGACCCGGAGGGAUGUCUUAGCAACUGGAAUUCUUCAGAUGAAACCCCAUGUAGUUGGAAUGGAGUUACAUGCAAAGAUCUAAGAGUUGUUUCUCUUAGUAUUCCUAGGAAGAAACUUAAUGGGGUUCUUUCUUCUUCUCUAGGGUUUCUGUCUGAGCUUCGUCAUGUGAAUCUGAGGAGUAAUAAACUCCAUGGAACUUUGCCAGUGGAGCUUUUUCAAGCUAAUGGAAUUCAAAGUUUGGUGCUUUAUGGAAAUUCCUUCACUGGGUCUGUUCCAAAUGAGAUUGGUAAGCUAAAAAACCUUCAAAUCUUUGAUUUGUCACAGAAUUUCCUUAAUGGGUCAUUGCCUGUUUCCUUAAUGCAAUGUACAAGGUUGAGAAUUCUUGAUCUUAGUCAGAAUAAUUUUACUAAUUCUCUGCCUAGUGGGUUUGGUUCCAGUUUGAAUUUCUUGGAAACGUUGGAUCUUUCUUAUAAUAAGUUUAAUGGUUCAAUUCCAAUGGAUAUUGGUAAUUUGUCUAGCUUACAAGGCACUGUUGAUUUCUCACAUAAUUUGUUUUCUGGCUCUAUCCCACCCAGCCUGGGCAACCUUCCUGAAAAGGUUUAUAUUGAUCUUACUUAUAAUAAUUUGAGUGGUUCAAUACCCCAAAAUGGUGCUCUUAUGAACAGAGGACCAACUGCUUUUAUUGGGAAUCCUGGCCUUUGUGGACCGCCGUUGAAGAACCCAUGUUCUUCCGAAACUCCGGGUGCGAGUUCUCCGUCCUCAUUCCCUUUUUUCCCGGACAAUUAUCCGCCUGGGAGUUCUGAGGGUAAUGGUCAUAAGUUUGACAAAGGUGGGUUGAGUAGGAGCACUUUAGUUGCAAUAAUCAUAGGCGACAUUGUAGGUAUUUGCCUCAUCGGUUUGCUGUUUUCGUAUUGCUAUUCGAGGUUUUGCACUCAUAGAAAUGGGAAGAAGGCAGACCAAUCUAGUUAUGGAUUUGAGAAGGGUGAGAAAGGAAGAAAGGAUUGUCUCUGCUUUCAAAAGAGUGAAUCUGAGAACGUUUCAGAGCAUAUCGAGCAGUUUGAUUUGGUACCACUGGAUUCACAAGUGACAUUUGAUCUUGACGAACUUCUCAAGGCAUCAGCAUUUGUUUUGGGAAAAAGUGGUAUCGGGAUCGUGUAUAAAGUCGUGCUUGAAGAUGGACUCACUUUAGCUGUGAGAAGAUUGGGUGAAGGUGGUUCUCAAAGAUUAAAAGAAUUUCAAACUGAAGUUGAAGCAAUUGGGAGGUUGAGGCAUCCAAAUGUUGUUAGCCUUAGAGCAUAUUAUUGGUCUGUUGAUGAGAAACUGCUUAUUUACGAUUACAUCCCAAAUGGGAACCUUGCAUCUGCCGUUCAUGGGAAGCCCGGAACAACGUCGUUUACACCUCUACCAUGGUCUGUUCGGUUUGGAAUCAUGAUAGGCAUUGCAAAAGGGUUGGUUUACUUGCACGAGUAUAGCCCCAAAAAGUACGUUCAUGGUAAUUUGAAAACAAACAACAUACUUCUUGGACACGACAUGACACCAAAAAUUUCUAAUUUCGGGCUAGCCCGCCUUGUUAACAUUGCUGGAGGAUCACCAACCGUGCAAUCGAGCCAUAUAGCAGAGGAAAAAUCACAAGAGAAACAACUGAAGUCUGCCACCUCUGAAGCUAGUACAUUCAGUUCUAGUAUGAGUACUUACUACCAAGCCCCUGAAGCGUUGAAAGUCGUGAAGCCAUCACAGAAAUGGGACGUUUACUCAUAUGGUGUGAUAUUACUCGAAAUGAUCACCGGAAGAUUGCCCAUAGUUCAAGUGGGAACGUCAGAAAUGGAUCUUGUUCAAUGGAUUCAACUCUGCAUUGAAGAAAAGAAGCCGCUUUCAGACGUAAUAGACCCGUCAUUGGCUCCAGACGACGAUGCUGACGAGGAGAUCAUAGCGGUUUUGAAGAUAGCAUUAGCUUGUGUUCAAAAUAAUCCAGAAAGAAGACCUGCAAUGAGGCAUGUUUGUGAUGCUUUGGGCAAGUUGGCUGUCACUCCAAACUAAACAACAAUAACUCAUAACAAAUUGCUUUCUUGCAAUAGAAUUAGUUUGCCUCAUUUAUAUGUUUAUGAUGAUAAAUGUCCAAGAUUCAUGGUUGGUUCUAUAUUUUAUGGCAGAAAUGGCUGUGUCUUUUAGUUGUUCAGCUUGGAAUUCACCGUUUUGAAAGUGAAAUUUUGCAAUUGAGUUACUAAGGACAUUGUUUUGCACUAAUUUGAGAAAGCAAAACAAGAUUUGAGGGAUGGUAGAGGUGAAUGUGAAAGUCCAAAUUUUGGAGUGGGAAAUGGCUGACUUUGUUAAGGUAAGGGCGUGAUUGUAGGGACAACCCCCACCCCUUUUUGACUUAAACCUCUUGGAAAGAUCCUCCACUCA